CGAGCGGAGCGAUGUGAGGGAGGCGGCCGGCGGCUCCCGCCUCAGGAAGGGCAUGUUCGGAGGGGUGGCCGCGGUGCGCCGCCCGCCUCAACGCCCCCUCUCCGCCACUGCCGCCGCCGCCGCGCCCGCACCGUGAUAAAAGGGGCGGCCGCACUUCCUGACGCGAGACCCGCGCUCGCCGCCGCCGCCGCCCGCCCAGGCGGCGAUGACACGGCGCCCGCGGCCGUCCCGAGGCGCCGGGCGGGCCGUUUGCUGACCGGAUCGCGGCUGCCCGCCAGCGUGUCCGCCGCGCCGCCGCCAGCAUGGGCUGCGCCCCGAGCAUCCACGUCUCCGAGGACCGGCCGGUGUACCAGGGCGGCAAAGAGGCCGGGGACGCGCCGGGCCCCGCGGCGGCGCCUCCGUCGUCCGGCGAGCCGCGCCUCCCCCUGGGCCCCAAGACAGCAGCCGUCCAGCCGGGGACCCGCGGCACCCCCAGCCUCGUGGAGUCCGAGCCUCGCGACGGCAGCAGCAAGAAGGUAGCAAUAGCUGAUGUGCAGUUUGGCCCCAUGAGAUUUCAUCAAGAUCAGCUUCAGGUACUUUUAGUGUUUACCAAAGAAGAUAGCCAGUGUAAUGGAUUCUGCAGGGCGUGUGAAAAAGCAGGGUUUAAAUGUACGGUCACUAAGGAGGCCCAGGCCGUCCUGGCCUGUUUCCUGGACAAGCAUCAUGAUAUCAUCAUCAUAGACCACAGGAACCCGCGGCAGCUGGAUGCGGAGGCGCUGUGCAGGUCUAUCAGAUCAUCAAAACUCUCAGAAAACACGGUUAUUGUUGGCGUCGUACGCAGGGCGGAUAAGGAGGAGCUGUCUGUCAUGCCCUUGAUUGCCGCUGGCUUCACCAGGAGGUACGUAGAGAACCCCAACAUCACGGCCUGCUACAACGAGCUGCUGCAGCUGGAGUUUGGAGAGGUGCGGUCACAGCUAAAACUCAGGGCUUGUAACUCAAUAUUCACUGCGUUAGAGAAAAGCCAAGAAGCCAUUGAAAUCACAAGUGAAGACCACAUUAUACAGUAUGCAAAUCCUGCAUUUGAAACAACAAUGGGCUAUCAGUCGGGUGAAUUAAUAGGGAAGGAAUUAGCAGAAGUGCCUAUAAAUGAGAAAAAGGCCGACUUGCUGGAUACUAUAAAUUCAUGCAUCAGGAUAGGCAAGGAAUGGCAAGGAAUUCACUAUGCCAAAAAGAAAAAUGGAGAUAAUAUACAACAAAAUGUGAAGAUAAUACCUGUUGUUGGACAGGGAGGAAAAAUUAGACACUAUGUGUCCAUUAUCAGAAUGUGCAACGGCAACAACAAGGCUGAGAAAAUACCUGAAGUUGUUCAGUCUGAAACUCCAGCAGAUAACCAGACGGGCAAGCACCGAGACAGGAGGAAAGGCUCCCUGGACGUCCGAGCUCUCGCUUCGCGGACAAACGAAGUGUCCAGCCAGCGACGCCACUCCUCCAUGGCCCGCAUCCAUUCCAUGACGAUCGAGGCGCCCAUCACCAAGGUGAUCAAUAUCAUCAAUGCAGCGCAGGAAAGCAGCCCCGUGCCUGUGACAGAAGCCUUGGACCGUGUGUUGGAAAUCCUGAGAACCACUGAACUGUAUUCUCCCCAGUUUGGCGUUAAGGAUGACGACCCCCAUGCCAAUGACCUUGUUGGGGGCUUAAUGUCUGAUGGUUUGCGGAGGCUGUCGGGGAAUGAAUACGUCCUUUCAUCCAAAAGCCUCUCCCAGGUUUCCAGCAGCAUGAUCGCUCCCACCACCCUGCACGACAUCCCCCCGCGGAUAGCUCGGGCCAUGGAAGAUGAGGAAACCUGGGACUUCAACAUUUUUGAACUGGAGGCUGCCACCCAGAACAGGCCUUUGAUUUACCUUGGUCUCAAAACUUUUGCUCGCUUUGGAAUCUGUGAAUUCUUAAACUGCUCAGAGUCAACGCUGAGAUCAUGGCUACAGAUCAUUGAAGCCAAUUACCACUCCUCCAACCCCUACCACAACUCGACGCAUUCCGCCGACGUGCUGCACGCCACCGCCUACUUCCUCUCCAAGGAGCGUGUCAAGACCUCUUGUUUUCAGAAAACUUUAGAUCCGAUCGAUGAGGUGGCUGCCCUCAUUGCUGCCACAAUUCACGAUGUGGACCACCCUGGGAGGACCAACUCCUUCCUGUGCAACGCCGGGAGCGAGCUGGCCGUCCUGUACAAUGACAUCGCCGUGCUGGAGAGCCACCACUCGGCCUUGGCCUUCCAGCUGACCAUGGGAGAUGACAAGUGCAACAUCUUUAAAAACAUGGAGAGGAAUGAUUACCGGACACUACGCCAGGGAAUUGUCGACAUGGUGCUGGCCACAGAGAUGACGAAGCACUUCGAGCACGUCAACAAAUUUGUCAACAGCAUCAACAAGCCCUUGGCAGCCCUGGAAGAAGCUGGGGAGACUGAGAAAGACCAUGAGGCUAUCAACGCCAUGCUCAGAACUCCAGAGAACCGAAUCCUAAUCAAACGGAUGCUGAUCAAGUGUGCCGACGUGUCCAACCCCUGCCGGCCGCUGGACUACUGCAUCGAGUGGGCCGCACGCAUUUCAGAAGAGUACUUUGCUCAGACGGAUGAAGAGAAGCGGCUGGGCUUGCCCGUGGUGAUGCCGGUGUUCGACCGGAAUACCUGCAGCAUCCCCAAGUCCCAGAUCUCCUUCAUCGACUACUUCAUCACCGACAUGUUCGACGCCUGGGACGCCUUUGUCGACCUCCCGGGUCUCAUGCAGCACCUGGACAACAACUUCAAGUACUGGAAAGGACUGGACGAGAUGAAGCUGCUGAGUCUGCGGCCUCCCCGGGAGAGUGAGCAGGGGCUCCCUGAGGACGAGCCAGGGGCCGGGACAGGCCUGGGCCCCUGAGCCCGCGGC